AUGAAAACUGAAGAAAUUCUAAGAAAACAAGAUCUUUUAACACUUCAAAUCAUUGGAGAGUUAGCUAAUAUCGAAGAAGUUGGAAGUAUAAAAAAAGAAGAUAUAAUCAAAAGUAUAAUUGAUUAUUGUAGUAUAACUGGAACAAUUAUUGUUCUUGAUGAUCUCACAGUAAAUUCACUUCAAGAAAUAUUUAAUUGUAUUAAAGAUAAAAAUGAGAAUAUUGUAAAAACAAGAGUUGGUUUAAAUAAACAUAUUACUAAUUUUAUUAAAAAGAAUGGUGCAGAAAAGUUUUUUAAAAAAGUUCCAGAGUAUAUUAAGAAAGAUAUGUUUGCAUUAGUUUCUAAUGCUAAUACUAGUACAGUUAAAGCAUUAAUGAAUGAAGCUAUUUUAACAGGAUUUGCUAAUUUAUUAAAUAGAACAAAUACUCAAAUUUUAAAAGAUAUGGUAAAGAAAUUAUCAAAUGAAAAUACAUUAACUAAAAAAAGAGAGUUAAUUAACUUUUUACUUGAAGAAGAAGAAGAUUAG